AUAUGUGCACACUCAUUAGCUAAUAAAAAGUUACUUGUUUUGGCAUACUUCGUCGUAAUGCACGGCAGAAAGAAAGGCAAGUUGUUGUCUGACGACAUGUGCAAAGGUGGUUUAUUUACAGAGCAGAGUCCUCCGUUUUCCGUUCCUCCUCCUUUGUUGUCCUUAUCCAGAAUCUAAAUCUAGUUGUCAGCAAAUCGUUCAGGCUACUUUAUAACCACUCAAUAAACUGUGAAGGCUCAAGGCAGAUUUCACAGAUAUCUGCAGCCAAUAGCCUCCGCGCUUCCUUCCUUGCUGGCUUCAGCAAGUUUGAAAGGCACACUGCACAACCACACGGGGUAUAGAAAUCUACAAGACAACUUCUUCUACUUCUACUUUUUAACCAGUGAGCCAUGAAGAGGAGAGCUCUGUUGGUGUCCAAUUCCACUCUUUAUGGAGGAGGAUAUCUUGAGCACUGUCAAACACAGAUUCAGGAAUUCUUCGGAAAGGAAGUGAAGCGUGUGCUGUUUGUUCCCUAUGCCCUACACGACAGAGAUGCCUACACCAAGACAGCUAGAGACAAAUUCAAGACAUUAGGAUAUGAAGUAGACAGCGUGCACGAGGCUGCAGAUCCAGUGCAGGCGGUGAAGAAAGCAGAGGGCAUCUUCAUUGGAGGGGGCAACACAUUCCGUCUGCUGAAGGCACUCUAUGACAACAAGCUGGUGACGGAGAUUAGGAAGAGAGUCUUCGAUGAUGGCAUGCCCUACAUGGGGUCGAGUGCGGGUACCAACGUGGGCACCAUCAGCAUCAACACGACUAACGACAUGCCCAUUGUCUACCCGCCCACCUUCUCCGCCAUCGGCCUGGUGCCCUUCAACAUCAACCCCCACUACCUAGACAGCGACCCCAAUAGCAGACACAUGGGGGAGACUCGAGAGCAGCGCAUCACCCAGUUCCAUGAGGAGCUCAACACCCCCAUCGUCCUGGGCCUGAGGGAAGGAUGCAUGCUGCUGGUGGAAGGCAAGACAGCAACACUGCUGGGGACUACGAGAGCUCGACUUUUUACACCGGGAAAACCACCUGUUGAGUAUGACCCUGGAAGUGACCUCAGUUUCCUUUUGGACACAGAGAGGGCAUCAGUACUCUAAAGGCCGGAGUUCAACCAAAGAUGGUAGAUAUGCCAAGACAGUCUGUGGUAGUAAGGACGGUAAAUAUCCCAAGAUAAUCUAUGGCAGUCCGUAUUCACUGAAGUUAAGUGUGAAUCGGCCCCGUAUUGCAUCCGUGGCCAUGGGUGCCUUUUCAGGCAGAGGUGUGACCUCCCUACUCUCUGUAAUGGUUGCAGGUGUUUCUUGUCGUGGUCAAUCCUAGCCUAGAUACCGUCUUUGUGGAGCAGCUAUCACCAUUCACUCCCUGCACUUGCUUCUGAAGAUGUUUUUGAAGAAAUCAUGUGGACUUAACAAAAUAAAGCAAUUGACUGCAACAUGUA